AAUCUGUUAAUUUUUGAGCACCUAUAAGAAAAAUAUAAAACUUCGAUACUGUCUUCGCAUAAGUGAAAUACAAAGAGAAAAUGAAGGUUAUUUUUUGUUUGCUGGGGGUUGUUACCUUAGUAGUGAGUACUCCAGUGAACCAGGAAGACUUACAGAAAUACUAUCUCCAAGGAUCGAUUCCAUGCCCGUUCAAGGAAGCCAUCAAUUAUAAUGUCUCUUCCGAUGAUAUUAAAGUAUAUUUUAGAAACAAACAACAUCCUGACAGUUCAGUACCAAUAGACAUUAAUCAGAGUUCGGAAGUCGAUGCGUUAGGAUUUUCACCAAAUAAAGAUACCAUGUUUAUUGUCCACGGAUGGCACAAUGGUCACGACUCCCCCGUAUGUGAUGUGGUAUCCAAAGCUGUACUACAGAACAACGACAUAAACGUUUUCUUAAUCGAUUGGAACGCUAUUGCCCGCAACCUUUACGUAGUAGCCUACAAAGCAGUUCCAGAGGUCGGUAAAUUACUAGGAACUCUUAUUAGAAAUUUGGUUAACAAUAAUAAGUUGGAUUUGAAUAAAGCUGCUAUCGUUGGACAUUCAUUGGGAGCUCAUGUCGCUGGAUUGGCCGGACAUGAACUAAAUGGUGCUAUUCAUCACAUUGUAGGUCUAGACCCUGCUCUACCAUGUUUCGAUUACAACGAUGUCGAUCAAAGAUUGGACCCUACCGAUGCGAAGUACGUCGAGGUAAUACAUACGUGCGCAGGUUUCUUGGGCUUUGAUGUAGACAUUGGAGACUCAGAUUAUUACCCUAAUGGUGGUAAAAAUCAACCUGGCUGCGAUUUGGAUGUUGUAGGAAUUUGUAGACACGGUAGAUCAUAUUUAUACUAUUCGGAAUCUCUAAUUAGUGGAGGAUUUGCUGCAAAACAAUGCAAUAGCUACAAAGAUUUCAACAACAAUCAAUGUAAUGCAGGAAGAUCCAAUAUGGGAGAAUAUAAUAUCAACACAAGUGCCAGAGGCGGAUAUUACCUCAACACAAAUAGUAAAUCACCAUAUGCUCAACAUUGAUAUAAAUUUAU